AGGCUCACUGUAAUAACACAAUGUUAACAUGGGAAGGUUUGGAGUUGCCUCUGAAUGUCACAUACCAACAAUGUGAUGCGGACACAUAUAGCCAUGUACGUGUAGACUCUGACACGCGAGCGUUGUGACUAGAAGGAUAAACAGAAGGUUGUCUACGGGAGCUAUAAACGGACAAUAUGGAGAGGAGGAAAGCCACGGGAGAAUACCACGGCAUCUCUGUAUCCAAAAUGUAGACUACAUUUUAUGGGACGGGCGGCACGUUUACUUCGCUAAUUGGAAAAGUUACAAAAUAUACAAUGAUUAUCAAUGGGUCUUAUCUGAACAGGUCGUCGCUGGACCCGUACGAGGAAGUGCUGAAUCGCCCUCCGUGGGUUACUACAACUUUGGGGUGCUUCCUCAUAUUCACUAUAGUGGUUGAUAUUUUGGGCAACCUUUUGGUGAUAUUCUCUGUCUACCGGAAUAAGAAGCUAAGGAAUGCAGGCAACAUCUUUGUGGUAAGCCUGGCUGUGGCCGACCUGGUGGUGGCCAUCUACCCCUACCCUCUGGUCCUCACCUCCAUCUUCCACAAAGGCUGGAACCUGGGCUAUGUCCACUGCCAGAUCAGCGGUUUUCUCAUGGGCGUCAGCGUCAUUGGCUCCAUCUUCAACAUCACCGGCAUUGCCAUCAACCGCUACUGUUAUAUAUGUCAUAGCCUUAAGUACGACAAGCUGUACAGUGACAAGAACUCAGUGUGUUACGUCCUACUCAUCUGGGCAUUGACCAUUGUGGCUAUCGUGCCAAAUCUCUUCGUGGGUUCGUUGCAGUAUGACCCCAGGGUGUAUUCGUGUACGUUCGAGCAGUCGGCGAGUUCGGCAUACACUAUCGCCGUGGUCUUCUUCCACUUCAUCCUACCGAUCAUGAUCGUCACCUACUGCUACCUAAGGAUCUGGAUCCUGGUCAUUCAAGUUAGGCGACGGGUCAAACCGGACAAUAGACCAAAACUGACGCCAAACGACGUGAGGAACUUCGUGACUAUGUUUGUGGUGUUUGUGCUGUUUGCCGUGUGCUGGGCACCGCUCAACUUCAUCGGGCUGGCGGUGGCCAUCAACCCAGAGGUGGUGGUGCCUCUCAUCCCCGAGUGGCUCUUCGUGGCGAGCUACUUCAUGGCCUACUUCAACAGCUGCCUUAAUGCCAUCGUGUACGGGGUGCUAAACCAGAACUUCCGGCGCGAGUACAAGCGCAUCGUGGUGUCGGUGUGCACGGCGCGAAUCUUCUUCCACGGCAGCUCCAAUGACGCGGCCGAGCGGCUCAAGAGCAAGCCUUCGCCGCUCAUCACCAACAACAACCAAGUCAAGGUGGAGUCGGUGUGAGAGGACCAGCUGGUCCCAGUGCCCUCCCUACCCCUCCCCCAUGGUGCGAACCCUUCGAUGUCUAUACAUCUGUAAAGUGGAAACCAGCAAUA